AUGUCAACCACGUUUCCAUUGCUCCUCCCCCCAAACUCGAUCACUUCGACGCGCUCUCCUCGCGAAUGGACACCCAAAGCAUACAGACAACCUCCUCAACCGCCUCCAACGGACGAUUCUAAAACUCAAGAAUUAGAGCUAGCUUAUGCCCGACAGUUUAUGGAUGGAAAAGUUAUCAAGAAAACACGUCCCCGUCGGACUGUAGAUUACAAUGGUGGAUUAGGUCGUUGGUUUCUGUUAAGGAAACUCAGUCCGAAUCCGCACUUCGUCCCGUAUAUGAGGCCUUGUCCUCCAGCAAUUAUCGACCUUCUUCCACCCAAAGCAUACCCAGAAAACCCAUCUACUUCAUUAUGUACAAAAUUCGUGCACACUUCCACCAACAAAAUUCGUUGCCCAGUAAACAUCGUCACUUGGACCCCCGAGGCCAGACGUAUCCUAACCGGUUCCACCUCCGGGGAAUUCACCCUUUGGAACGGCUUAACAUUCAACUUUGAAACAAUUCUCCAAGCUCAUGAUACCGCUAUCUGCACCUUCUCUUUCACCCACUCCGGUGCCUAUCUAGCAUCCGCGGACAAAACAGGGAUCAUAAAGUACUUCGAACCCAAUAUGAACAAUUUGACCGCCUGGCAGGGAUCCAGUUCUCGAGAAGCCAUAAGAGGUAUCAGUUUUAGUCCGGAUGACAGAAGGUUUGCUACUGCGAGUGAUGACAGGACGGUUAGAAUAUGGGCGUUCGAGGAAAGCAGGGUCGAGAGUGUGUUGGAUGGCCAUGGAUGGGACGUCAAGUGUGUUCAGUGGCAUCCAACGAAAGGUCUCAUUGUGUCGGGAAGUAAAGAUAACCAAAUCAAGUUCUGGGAUCCGCGUUCUGGUACAAUACUUACAACACUCCACCAGCACAAAAACACGAUUCAAGCACUGGCGUGGUCGCCAAACGGCAAUUUUGUAGCCAGUGCAUCCCGAGAUCAGACGGUUCGCGUAUUUGAUAUACGUGCCAUGAAAGAAUUUAGAAUACUCAAAGGCCAUAAGAAAGAAGUUUGUUCUGUCACCUGGCACCCCUUUCACCAAAUACUCGUUUCCGGCGGCUCAGAAGGGGCCAUCAUACAUUGGGACCUCUCAACCGAUGAUUCAGCUCCACCCCUUACACUCCCCGAAGGCCCACAAAUCCCACCCACGUCUUCUACGCAAACGGCAGCCAGCAACCAGUCCCUUAGCUUCCUUGUAACACCGACGCCCGUGACUACCCCUCGAUGUACCUUAACCCAGGCGCAUGAUUCAAACGUUUGGUCUAUGCAAUUCCAUCCGUUAGGCCACCUCCUUGUCUCAGCCUCAAAUGACCACACCACUCGCUUUUGGUCGCGUGAACGGCCCGGAGAAGGUGUAGGAGAAGAAGGUGUGAAACCUGGCGAUGCAGAGUGGGCUGGAGAGGGAGAAGGACCGGACGAGGAGAUGAUGGUUCCUGGAUUUGGAGGGGCGCCAUCGGGGUGGAAAGAAGAGGAUAGCGUUGAUUAUGGAAACCAGUAUUCAAACUCUCACGAUGGGGGCUACGGACGCCAAGUUGGGGCUGAAUCGGAAUCGUUUAGAGGACCUCAAACUGGAGGUGAUGAUGACUUUUCUAUCCCGGGAUUUGGUGCUGAUUCCGCUGCUGAUUCCGCUGGUGGCGGGAGCAUGUAUGAACUCGGUCCCGGCCCUGGUAGGGGGUAUGAUUCUGGUAGAGGAGGAUACAAUUCACGACAGCACGAGGAUUCUGGUCACUCUGGCGAAUGGGGUGGCCGCAGCAAUGGUCAUGGUCAUGGUGGUGGUGGUCGGUCAGGUCGUUGGGGAGGUGGUAGGAGAAGUAAUCGCUACUGA